CUAUAAGAUGUAAACAUCCAAUAUAUUACAAUACACAGAGCAGCAUUGUUGAUCAUUUUGUUCUCAUUUCUCUACUCCUGUUUUUGUACUAUGAUUCCGACCGAACUUGUCGUGUUUGAGAUUUAAUAACUUUGCCAAGUUUCGUCGUAUCUGAAUAUCUCUAACGUGUUACAGGUUUUUAAGAUUUGGUUUAAAACAACCAUCUUCAAAAAACAACUUUUUAAUACACUGAAAAACCGAUUAUAAUAUCAACAACUUGACUUUUGGGUGUGAUUAACGAUCGACUUAUUUUCUUCCUAAUUUUGUGAAUCGAAAACAAGAGCGUUCCUUAUGUCUGCUCUAUACCCGGUGGGUUAUCCGUUGGCUCUAAGAUCUUCAUACAGGGAAUGGUACCCAGCAAGAACCCCGAUAGGUUUGCAAUCAACUUACUGCGGGGCAAUGACCCCGAAUAUUCGGACAUCUACCUUCACUUCAAUCCGAGAUUUCAGGAGCCCUUUAUUGUGGUACGAAACGCACGUGCCGGAGAGUGGGGUAAGGAGGAGACAUUUGGCGACUCCCCUUUCCGUCCCGCAACGCCUUUCUUGGUGGUCAUCAGUGCCCAGUCAGAUGGAUAUGAAAUUGAAGUUGACGGUAGCAAGUUCAUUGAUUUCAACCAUCGGGACGGACUACCUCUCACCAACGUCACUCACCUAUCAUUCACCGGUGACGUCAUCAUACACAAUAUUCAGAUCCCCGUGGAAACGCUACCGAAGCACCUCCGUUGCUCCAUACCUGGGAAGACGAAGAUAGGGGAUAUAUUUUUCAUCCGUGGAAAAAUCCCAAGUAAUGGAGAAGGGUUUGCUGUUAAUAUUCAAUGUGGAUCCGGAAAGGCCGACGACAUUAUUUUCCACUUGAAUCCCCGCUUUACAGAAGGCUUGAUAGUUUGUAAUACUUUAUGUGACGACACAUGGGCGGACGAACAGCGCGAAGCAAAAAUGCCCUUUACCGCAGAAAAAGCUUUUGAAUUAUUCAUUUGUGUGGGUAAAGAUGGAUUUCAUACUUGGGUGAACGGGAAGCAUCUUUCGAAAUUUGAUCACCGACUGGAAAUGAAAAAAGCAUGCACUUUAUACAUUGAAGGAGAUGUCAACGUGAAAGAUGUGUGGAUUAACAGUGCACCGAUCCAUCUACCUCCUGAUUUUGGGGAUGAUACACCACGUGAUCUUCAAACUAGUCCUUUCCAGCGAUUUGUUCUUCCGACUGGUCCUGUUGCUUCCCGCAUCCCUUAUGGACUUGUUCCUGGCUCCGUCGUGGUUGUAUCUGGAUUUUGUGACAAAGACCCUUCUCGAUUUUACAUAAACUUGCAAUGUGACAACAGUGAUGAAGCUGAUAUCAUGCUUCAUUACAAUCCUCGCUGGGACGAUCCUGAGGGAGAAGUGGUUGUACAGAACUCCAGAGACGAAGGAUCCUGGGGCGAGGAGGUUCGAACCAUCGAGAAGUUUCCUUUUUUCCGCAAUAGUCAUUUUGACAUCCAAAUUUUCUGCCAGGACGACAAGUAUCGUAUAGCUGUAAAUGGAGUAUCCCAAGUUGAUUUUCCACACCGUCUCGGGCUGUCUCGUGUGGACCACAUUUUGGUGAAUGGCGACGUUUUCAUUCAUCGUAUACUAGUGCUAUAAAAAUACUAUGAUGCCCAUUGGAACUACAGCCAUCUUUUAACCAUUUUUAUUGAUACUGUGGCUUCCAAAUUUGAAGUACUAAGCAAACCAUCAAAUAUAAUUUUCCUUCAAACUGGUUUUUUUCUUUCUCUGUGUAACAUUUCUUGUUUCUUUGUUGUUUUACAGGUACCCACGACUUAUCGAUACUUCCAAAAUACAGCUUCAAAUUGGUGAACUAAAAACUGCUUUAAAUUUACCCACUUGAAGUUGGCUGUAUUUCAAAAGUGUGUGUAACAUGUUCAUUAAAAUGUCUUUUAAUUAAUAAUUUUCGAUAACUUUACGAAAAUGUUUCUAAGAUGGCCCUAGUCUUUGUGGGAUAUAUAUUCCCUCUACGGACACUGGUUUCAGUCUGCAACAGUAUUUAAUCACUAAUUUGCCAUGCGGGAACUUGCUUGAAUUUGUGAUUAAUUUAUCAAUAUUUAAAAAAUAAUAGUGUUUAUUGUCAAUGUAAUUCAAAUUGUAAAACAUUAUAUUCCGAUCUAUCAUAUUGUUACCAGAGUCACGUGACUUCCGCUGUCGUAGCACUAUAUUUAGAAUGGCUUAUGCUGUUAGAGGUUGAAGGGCACCUUUGAUUUUAUUUAUUUGUGUGUGAGAGGUUAAAGAUAUAAGCAUUUUACAAUUUAGCUUAACGUUUCCAAUACCUAAGUCUCUUUAAAUAGAAUAAUUACUUUAUCUCUACUAAAUAUAAUCCUAAUUAAUUGCAGUCCAUUGAAACAUAAGAGUUAAGUUUCUGUGUGACUUGUAGAUUUUUAAACUUAUGCUAAUCUGUACAUAGAAAUGGUUAAUAAAGUUUUGCUUCUCGGGUCAACUUUCGAUUAUUGAAA